AUGAAGCUGCAACGCAAGGAACGAAGAGGGCAACGGCCGAGGCGAAACUCGCUGGAGAUGCUCCGCGACGCCGUGGCGCCGUCCAUCACCAAGGCAGGGCGGGCGGCGGCGCAGAAGACCAAGGCGCUGUUCGCCAUGGCGACUCGGCUGGCGAAGGCAAGCGUGGGCGAGGGCCCGGCGGUGGUGCACCUGCACCCGGAGCGGGCGCGCCGAGGCUCGACGUACAGCGAGGUGGAUGCGCUGUACCAGAACGGGUCGUGUUGA